AAGAAUAUUAGCCAGAAGGGAUCUAUUUCCUUGAGUCUUGGCGGGAGGGACGAUCUCAUAGAUCUGACAAAGUACGAGGUUGGUUAGGCAGACCCUCAGCCUUGCUUUAAACCAACUCGCAUUCGCAUUCAAUACCAAUCUCAGUUUACCACUGCCACCUAGCAAUCAUGACGAGCAUUUUCCUAUUCUGCACCUCCGACGUGCCAGCAAGCACGAUCAACCAAUUUAUGACAGAAUUCGCCGACGCCAGCGAAGACCCAAAUAUAUUCUGUCUGGUCCGCACCCCUGACCAGGAACAAUUCGAUGAUUGGGGCACCGAACUACCCGUGCAAGACUUCACAACAGGCUUCAAAAAUGCCCCUGAUUCUACUCUCCGCCUCUACACACAAAAUCGAAUCGAUCAACUCAAGGCUGCAGGCAAGGCCGGCGGGCUAUCUCCCGGGUGGCUAGCUAAGCUUGACGAGCGAUCCCCGCAUGACUCGACCGUGGUUCUACAGUACCGCAAGAUCAAAGCCAACUGGGCUCAGGCAUUGGAAGAUGCUGAAGAGCAGUUUCAAAUUCCCGGCCAGGCGGACGUUGAUGACCAGUAUAUCUGGUGGAAGUGGCGUGUAUCAUUUGCGGAUUCUUUCCAGCUGUUCAACAGCGUCGAUGAGGGUAUGCCGGAUAUGAUUCGGCUGUUCACCCGACCUGAGUUUGUGGAUUCGGACGGCGUGCUUCAUGUAGAUGUCCCCCGUCAGAUCAUCAAGGGGGAGAUUCCGGACCCCAUUACGGAGAGUGCAAGCUGAGGGUUCGCCGGUCUACCUCUCAUAUCAACUUGCUGCUUCUCUUAACUCUGCUCAUCCCCCAUACAGCCAUGUAGCAUAAAUCGGCUAUACAAUUGUCAAAACAUUCAAGACUCAAUGGACAUAGUCCGUAGUCUAAGAUGGCCUUAUGAUAGUGGAUGGUGUGACGUGACACAACUUUGUGGCUGACGUCUCAAGCCUUAAGUCAACGUAAGGCAGUGUGAAUUGCCACAAACUUCAUUCUUGAUAACAACCAAGCAGUACCCGCGUUAGUC